AUGGCGAAGGUGGCGUCGAACGGGGCGUUCCAGGGGGAGAGCCCGCUGGACUUCGCGCUGCCGCUCAUCAUCCUGCAGAUCUGCCUCGUCCUCGUCGUCACCCGCGGCCUCGCCUACCUUUUCCGCCCGCUCCGCCAGCCCCGCGUCAUCGCCGAGAUCGUCGGAGGCAUCCUGCUUGGCCCGUCGGCGCUGGGCCGGAGCACCAAGUUCCUGCACACCGUCUUCCCGCCGGCGAGCAUGACGGUGCUGGACACGCUGGCGAACCUCGGCCUGCUCUUCUUCCUCUUCCUCGUGGGGCUCGAGCUCGACAUCUCCGCCAUCCGCCGCACCGGGAAGAAGGCGCUGGCCAUCUCCCUCUCCGGCAUCGCGCUCCCGUUCGCGCUCGGCAUCGGCACGUCGUUCGCGUUCCGCGCCACCAUCGUCAAGGACGCCCCGCAAGCGCCGUUCCUCGUGUUCAUGGGCGUCGCGCUCUCCAUAACCGCGUUCCCGGUGCUCGCGCGCAUCCUCACCGAGCUCAAGCUGCUGACCACCGACCUUGGCCGCAUGGCGCUGUCCGCCGCCGCGGUCGACGACGUCAUGGCGUGGAUCCUCCUCGCGCUCGCCAUCGCGCUCUCGGGAUCCGGCUCGCCGAUCAUCUCGCUCUGGGUCCUGCUCACCGCCGCCGCCUUUGUCGCCGCCGCGUUCUUGCUCCUGAAACCGGUGCUCGCGUGGAUGGCUCGCCAGUGCCGCGAGGGUGAACCCAUCAAGGAGCUCCACGUCUGCGCGACCCUCGGCAUCGUCCUCGCUGCCGGCUUCGCCACUGACGUCAUCGGCAUCCACGCGCUGUUCGGCGGGUUCGUCGUCGGUGUGGUCGUCCCCAAGGACGGGCCGUUCGCCGGCAUGCUCAUCGAGAAGCGGCCUCAAGACCAAUGUGGCCACCAUCAGCGGAGCCAAGUCCUGGGCUUGCUCGUGCUCGUCAUCGCGAACGCGUGCCUUGGCAAGAUCGGCGGUGCGGUCACCACCGCUCUGCUCGUCAAGAUCCCUGUACGCGAGGCGGUCACCCUUGGCUUCCUGAUGAACACCAAGGGACUCGUCGAGCUCGUCGUGCUCAACAUCGGCCGGGACCGCAAGGUCCUCAACGACGAGGCGUUCGCCAUCAUGGUGCUCAUGGCGCUCUUCACCACCUUCAUCACGACGCCCAUCGUCAUGGCGGUCUACAAGCCUGCGCGGCCGUCAGUGCCGUACAAGCGCCGCACCGUGGAGUGCGCGCCCGGUGACGACGGCGAGCUGCGCGUGCUCGCCUGCUUCCACACCAGCCGCAGCAUCCCGACUCUGCUCAACCUCGUGGAGGCGUCGCGCGGCACGGGGCGCCGCCGACUCGUCAUGUACGCCAUGCACCUCGUGGAGCUCUCGGAACGGUCGUCGGCGAUCACCAUGGUCCAGCGCGCCCGCCGCAACGGCGUGCCCUUCUUCAACAGCGCCGACAGGGAGGGGCAGAUGGUGGUGGCGUUCGAGGCGUUCCAGCAGCUGAGCUCCGUGAGGGUUCGCGCCAUGACGGCCAUCUCGGACCUAGACACCAUCCACCGGGACGUCAUCGACAGCUCCUCCGGCAAGCGCGCAGCCAUCGUCGUCAUGCCGUACCACAAGGCGCUCCAGCAGGACGGCUCGUUCCAGUCGCUCGGCUCGGCGUACCACGCCGUCAACAAGCGCGUGCUCCGCGAGGCGCCCUGCUCCGUCGCCGUCCUCGUCGACCGUGGCCUCGGUGGCCCCGCGCAGGUGUCCGCCCAGAACGUGUCCUUCUCCGUCGCGAUGCUCUUCUUCGGCGGGCCCGACGACCGUGAGGCGCUCGCCUACACGACGCGCAUGGCCGAGCAUCCGGGUGUCGCCGUCACGCUGGCAAGGUUCCGCCCGCAUUCCGACGAGGAGAGCGCCGACGACGAGGCGGCGGUCGACGCUUUCAAGUCCAAGGUCGGCAUGGUGAAGGAUGGAUCGGUGCACUUCGAGGAGCGGCAGGGGUACACCAAGGAGGAGGUGCUGGAGACCAUCAACUCGCUGUCAAAGUUCAAUGUGUUCGUCGUGGGAAGGAUGCCGCCGACGGCGGCGCUGGUGGAGAAUCCCGACGAGCUGGGCCCCGUGGGCAGCUACCUGGCGUCGCCGGAGUUCAGGACGUCGGCGUCCGUCCUAGUCAUCAAGAGAUACGACCCGGCGACGAAUCCGAAGAGCAAGAGGUUCGACCCCAGCGCGAGGCCGCCGGCGGCGACGGAGGACGUGCUCGACGAGGAGAUGGGCACCAGAUCCACUGUGGUGCCAGUGCCGUGGUCGCCGACGAGCGACGCGGCCUGA